AUGUCGAGUUCGAUCGUUGAUGGUUGGAAGUUCGGUUACGGUUCGAUGCAGGAGCCGCGGUCGCGUCAACGUCAUCGAGUUCAACGUCAACGUCAGAGUCAACAUCAUGUCAGUCAGUACAUGCACUCGAGUGGUCGUCGAGGAAAGAUAGUGAAGGCAGCGACAAGUCAAGUCAUCCAUCGUGGACAGUCUUACUCUACGCUUGAUUUCUCGUCUUAA